AACAAAGCUGAUAAUUCAGGUGUUCGGUUUUAUCCUCAUGCACGGACUGCACUGGCAUUUGUUUCAUGUUUUUCCGGAAUCCCAGUGCUGACAUGCACCUACUAGAAUCUGAACUUGACAUUGACCUCAUUAAGAAGGACCAGCUCUUUGAGCAACUGGAUAGAACAGCUAUUCAGUAGACUUGUUUGGAAAUGCUUUCUUCUUGUUUUGGACACUUUUUAUUGCAGGUAUCAGUUUUUCACCGUGGUUCAAUUAGUCUGAUUGAGGAGCCAUGCAUAUCAACACAUCUCGCAGCAUUAAAAAUAGCAAAAGAAUCAGGUUGCAUCCUGUCUUAUGAUCCGAAUCUCAGAUUGCCACUGUGGCCAUCGGCUGAUGCUGCUCGGCAGGGCAUCAUGAGCAUAUGGAAUCAGGCAGACAUUAUCAAGGUAAGUGAGGAAGAAAUUUCAUAUUUGACUGGAGGAGAUCCUUAUGAUGAUGAUGCUGUAUAUAAGAAACCUUUCCAUCCAAACCUUAGACUUCUUGUGACAGAAGGACAAGAAGGGUGCAGAUAUUACACCAAGAAAUUUAACAGCAAGGUCAAAGCCAUUAAAGUUAAAUGUGUUGACACUACAGGUGCUGGUGAUGCUUUUGAUGAGAAGAAUUUAAGGGAGGGUCUUAUGUUUGCAAAUGCAUGUCGUGCUCUCACAGUCACCGAGCGUGGAGCAAUUCCUGCUCUGCCCACAAGAGAUGCAGUCCUUGACUUCCUACCAAAAGCUUCUGAGCAACCACAUUGCUUCUGCAUGAUGUGCUAACUCAGCAGAUUCCUGGUGUCAAAACAAUAAUAGCUGGUGACAGGAAGUGAGUUGGGUGAGCCUAACUACAAAUAGCCAGAUGAUGCUCUGUUGACAUUGGAUGCACAAUACAAAUAGGAAUGAGAGGGAUGGAGAGGUCAUGGUGGAGCUCAAGCAGUCAUCAUGCAUUGCUUCACAUAUUGGGAAAAUUCAAUUUGGCUUGAACAGUUGCUCAUUAUGUCUAGGCUCGGGUAAAAAUUGCCCACAAUUUGGGGGGAACUGAAUUUGUUCAUCGGCCUCUGCGUGUAUGUUAUUUGUCAUUGUGAGCAUAGGUAUUUAGCUAUAUUUGUUGUUUGCUCUUGUUGUUGUCAACAAGGGUAGAUCUUCUUCAAAUGUCCUUAACCCUCCAAAACUCUGGUGCAGGUGGAGGGAUUCUAUUCUAAA